GAAAGCGCAUUUUUUUUCCUUUUCACUUCUUUUAACCGUCCAGCUGCUUUUUCUUCUCACAAAAAUAAUUUUAGAUGCAAAAUGGACGACAUUAUAAAGAAACAAUUACACGAAAACAGUUUUAGGUUCAAACGCUCCCUGGAUCGAAUCAUAGACAAGUAUUCAAAAGUUCAAUAUCUGGACGCGGGGAUUGAGGUGGCCCUCGACGAAAUAAGCCCCACAACGCUUGGAAGCUACAUGAAGCUGUCCAAAAAGAAGCUGAACUCAUUGGAAGCAAAGAGCUUCACUGAUUUGAGAGAGGAGUCAUUAAAAACACAGGACACCACAGGAGGCUCGCAGCUGGUCUCAUCAUCUGAUAUCAGCAUCCAACAUUCUGUGGAGGAUAAUGGGAUGACUAGAAAUGACAUCACUCAGCUGAGUGUGAGUUCACUGGAUGAGAGUCAGAGAAACUUGUCAAACAUAGAGUUUCAACCCAAAGACCAAGACGAGGAGCUGGAAAUGUCUCUUCGAAGUCAUGGCAGUUCCUUGGCGGAGCUCUAUCCAAACAUGAUUAGACGAAUAGGGGAGGCCUGGCAACGGCAGCAUGUCUCGACAGCAGCCGACUCUGUGCUGAGGCAGUACCGCAGGUGGCGUCAUCAGUCAAAUGGAAGCAAUCUCAACAACACCUUUGUCACCCUGCGACACACCAACAGCAAACCAAAAAAGAUGAGUUUCAAAGAUGUUCCCAAGAAAAGCUCCAGCAGCCCCAUGAAAGGCCAUUUCAUGAGGGCUGAAGCAGCACCUCUGCAGACUGUGACUGUUGAGCAAAACUCGCAGGAACCGCAUCGAUCUCCUGGUAAGGAGAAAAACUUCACGAGAAAACAGCAGCACAAGCCUGUCAUUGUCAUGGAUUUCUCUGCUUCCUGUGAAUCAUUUAAACCAAGAGAGAUAUCACUAAACAAGACUUUCAUGGUGUCUCAGCUGUCCCCUCCUAAACAAACCCAGCUGGAAGAACAGGCUUCUGUCUACAUGGUCAGUCAUUCACGGCCUUGUGCUAAAUCCCCCAACAAAAGAGUGUCUCUUUCUGCAUUAGACAUGGCUGGGAGCUCCACUUUCACACCACAAUUCACUGCUGCAAUACAGAGACCUGAUAUCUACGGCUCCCCAGUCAGGCAGUCUCUCUUAAAAGCAAGGGCGGUGGCCAGCCUGGGAAGAUCGCCUCACUCAUUUUCCAGAAGCUCCAGUGAAGAUUCUGUGAGCUCCAGAGAGCCUAUGAGGCCGAGGUCACUCACCAACUCACUGUCCUCCCCGACAAAGAGGCCUGUUGUGCCACUUUACCCUCAAAAUGCCCAGCAGAUCCCACAGAUGCGCUCACCUCACUCAGGUACAGCAGCAGGCGGUCAUCGCAGGUUCGUACGACACCUGUCCUUUGAUUCCGACCUGCCUUCGACCUCUGUCUCAUACUCACCGAAACAAGUAGACGAGGAGUUCAUGAAACUUUACCACAGGUUUGUGUGCCAAAACAAGUCGACUUCCUUUAAUGGCCCUCCGUGUCGUCUCUGUGCCAGAAAUUCUGAGGCCAGCAGAGGCCACUCUUCUUUAUCUCUGGCUGCUCUUGCACUGUCACCUCACCGCUCAGUCCUGCGGAAACGCCACAGGCAGCUAGACGGGAACAGCCAUCCCCAGUCCAAACGCACUAGGGAAGCGUACUGCACAUACUCCCCAGGUUCCAAACGCCACAGAGAGAUGCUGAGGCAGGGUAUCUCUCCAUCUGAACUGGAGAUGCCUCAUGGUGGUGGCCCUUCUUAUAGCUCCAUUAAGCACGGCAGGUUUCAAAAGUUCAGAAGCCAACAGCCUGCAGAACAUGAGGAAGAUGUGCUGGAGGAUUUUUCUGACAUGGGAGGUUCACUACAGAGCAAAAUGACCUAUGGCUACAGUCCUAGAAAAUGGUGAUGCGAGGGGGGGGAUUAUUGAGGAAAAGCCCCCAGAAGUUCAAGUAUGACCAGCUAUUUCAACGAUGGAAACCUGCUCAUAAUUAAUCAGUUCGUUUUUUAAGAAAACCCUGUGGUGAAUUUUAACUAAAAACAGAAGUUAUUUGACUAUAUUC